UUAUUUAACCAGAUAACUGGACUAGCCACUCUUUCAUGCUUCUCUUGGAAAACAUGCUGUCUUACUGCUGCCUUGCUUUCUUCUUCCUAAUUUUUCUUGUAAUCAAAUAUGUAUUCCAUGGUAACAAAAACUUGCCACCAAGUCCUCCUUCUCUUCCAAUAAUAGGCCAUCUCCACCUUCUCAAGCCACCACUACACCAAACGCUACAGACUUUAUUGCAGCAAUAUGGCCCAGUUCUUUCCCUUAAAGCAGGCUGCAGGUCUAUGCUUGUUCUUAGUUCUCCAUCAGCUGUUGAAGAAUGUUUCACAAAGAACGACGUGGUCCUUUCCAACAGGCCUACUUUCUUAGCCGGAGAUCAUUUAACUUACAACUAUACCACUAUUAUCUUCUCUCCAUAUGGCCAUCUUUGGCGUACCCUCAGGCGCUUCGCCGUCCUUGAAAUGUUCUCUCAGAAAGGCCUCAAUAAGUUCUCUGCAGUCCGCAAAGAAGAAGUUUGCUCCCUUCUCCGCCAAUUGUCUAAAGUCUCCUGUAGUGGCAACAAAAAGGUGGAUUUGCAUUAUUUCUUCUCACUCCUCAGUUUCAAUGUCGCUAUGAGGAUGUCUGCUGGUAAGAAAUGUAUUGAAGAGGAGGUUGCCUGCUCGGAUUUGGGCAAGCAGGAUCUUACGGAACUCAAAAAGAUAUUCCAUCCACCUUUAUCCACGGGUUUGUGUGAUUUCUUUCCUGCUUUGAAAUGGAUCAAUUACAAAGGGUUUGAGAAGAGUGUUAUCAAGGUGCGUGAUGGGAGGGAUGGAUUUUCGCAAGACUUGAUAGAUGAGAUUCGACAAAAGAAAACCAGUUCAUGUUCAAGUCCUGAUGCAGGACCGGAGAAGACAACCAUGAUCGAAACUUUAUUGUCUCUCCAAGAACAAGAACCUGAUUUCUAUACAGAUGAUAUCAUCAAGGGUCUCGUAGUGGCAAUGUUUUCUGCAGGGACAGAUACAGUAGCUGUUACCAUGGAAUGGGCAAUGUCACUUCUGCUGAAUCAUCCAGAGAUAUUGCAGAAGGUAAGAGAAGAGAUUGAUAGUCAAGUUGGGCAUACGCGCUUGGUAGAGGAGGUGGAUCUUCCUAAGCUAAAAUAUCUCCGUUGCGUUAUCAAUGAGACGCUUCGGCUGUAUCCUGUUGUGCCACUCUUACUCCCACGUUGUCCAUCUGAAGACUGUACCGUGGCAGGAUACAAGGUUCCAAAAGGCACAAUCCUACUGGUGAAUGCUUUCGCCAUGCACAGGGAUCCCAAGAUGUGGGAACAACCUGACAGGUUCAAGCCAGAGAGAUUUGAAGCGACCGAGGAGGAAAAGGAAGGCAUCAAGUUUAUUCCAUUUGGUAUGGGAAGGAGGGCUUGCCCAGGAUCUAACAUGGGUAUGCGCGCAAUCAUGUUGGCAAUGGCUGCACUUUUUCAGUGCUUUGAGUGGGAGAGGACUGGACAGGAGAUGGUUGAUAUGACAGUAGCAGCAGCAAUUUCUAUGGUUAAGGCUAAGCCUUUGGAGGCUUUUUGUAAACCAUAUCAUUCCAUGGCUAACCUAUUCUCCCAGCUCUAGUGCGAAGGUAUGAUCGGGCUUCUGGUCCUUCUAUGUAGCUUUUUUCUAUGGUUGGACCGCUUCAAUCUUCAUGCUCAUUAUGGAACGAUUAAUAUGUAAAUUAUUGCUUGAUUUGUGUGAUUGAGCUGUAAGGAAAACGUGUUGUUGCCUUUGAAAUAAAUAAUGUUUAGAUACA